AUGAGUGGAAACAAGACAUUUACUGAAUUCCCUGCUGAAUCUCGCAUUGGUAGAGAUAAUCAAGUGUUUGAUGAAAACGAUGUUCGCCAAGUUACUGGCACAAUAGCAGUCGACCCUACCACGAAUAAGGUGCUGAUUAUCUCGAGCAGUAAACAUGCAGGCCUUUGGGUUCUUCCCAAAGGCGGUUGGGAAAGCGAUGAAACAAAGGAGCAAUCUGCCGAACGUGAAACUUAUGAAGAAGGUGGCGUUAGAGGACACAUUAAAGGGCUUGUGGGGAGCUUCUUGGAUUACAAUGCCUAUGGUGAAGUCAAAGGCAAUGUCUGGUUUUAUGAAUUUGAAGUGCAGGAAAUUUUAGACAACUGGCCAGAAAAACACUUUCGCAAACGCAGAUGGUGUUCCUUUGAAGAAGCCAUGCAUUUACUUCGUUUCAAGCCGUUCAUGCGUGAGGCUCUUUUGGCUUCGUCAUUUGCUCCCAAUACGGGUCCAAUCCCUAUUUAA